UUGUUUGUCAUCCUGUGGGACAAGAAGCGAAACGAUUCCGCUAACAGGUGUUUCUGUUCACAGAUCUUUAGACCUUUAGAACAUGCUUUUGUUUUGAAUGGGGAGUAGUAACACGACAUAUAGAGGCAGAAUACUUAAAGUUUAUAAUUAGGGACGUUCAAUAGAUAUCUGUCAUUUUGCAAUUUGAAGCUGGGGGGUUCUGAAGGAAAAUGUCAACCAAAAAUACAAGCAUGGACUCAGCGAAACGGAGCGAGAGCCCCGUUGUCUCGGAGGCGGAGAUGUUCAGUGUAUUUCAGGACUGGUGUCUCCGGACUUACGGUGAUUCGGGUAAAACAAAGACAGUGACCCGGCGAAAAUAUGACAAAAUUUUACAGACUCUUCUACAGGGAGAUGACUCAAAAGGCGCCUACCUCGAGAGCAACCACAUCAACGCCAAAUUUAAAUUCUGGGUCAAAUCCAAAGGUUUUCAAGUCGGGAGAGUCGAAGACAGAAAUGCGAAUGGAGGCUCUGGUCCUGUCCUGUACGUCCCCAUCAAGGCUACGGUGCGUGGGGGGUGUGUGAGCAUACAUACAGAUGUGCAUUGUGUGGAUGGCUCUGGGCUGGAGGGCGGCGCCUCGUCCCUGAAGAGGGUGGCUGUGGUGGAGGACUUCUAUGACAUCAUCUAUUCCAUGCAUGUGGAGAUCAGCUCCGACCCCGGCAGGAUGGCCAAACACGCCGGACAGAAGAAGACCUACAAGGCGAUUGCAGAGACGUAUGCCUUCUUACCGCGUGAGGCGGUGACCCGAUUCCUGAUGAGCUGUGGCGAGUGUCAGAAGCGGAUGCACAUUAACCCCAGCAGCACUGACUUCAAAGAAAAUGACCGACCUCUGUCUUUGACGCCCGGCCUCAUUGACUACAACAUGCCUCUGACCACCACCUACCUGAAACAGAUGAAGCUUCACUUCAUGAAUAACAAUGAGCAGGAUGAGAGUUCAGUGAGCAGCGAGGACUUUGAUAUGAGCGACCCCACAUGGAUAUCAGCUGAGCACGGACACACGCCGCCUAACCCCACCGCCCCCAACUACCGAGACAGAAUGCACAGCCCCCUGAACGCACACAAGGAGGAGGAUGAUGACUCCUCGUCUGAGAGUGGCAGUGGGAACGGGCAGCUGGCUGUCACCCCUCCUGCCUCGCUCCUGGUGGGCUCGGCCCCAGACAGCCGAACCGGCUCCACCUCCUCCCUGUGCGUGGGCUCGGCGGCAGGCUCGUCAGUUGGCCCGUUCGGAGGGGGCCAAACCGUAAACGGCAACGGCACGGCAGGACCACCGCCGCCACCACCACCGGCUCUGGACUUCAGCACCACGUCAUCGUCCGGGUCGUCCGGGCUGGAGGAGCGCGAGCCGGCGCCUGUGGCCACUCUGGCUGAGCGGCUAGGGCCUGCAGGGACCCUGCUGGGCCCCGCCUACCCGCUGGACUCCACCGUGGCCGAGUUGCGCCGCAAGUACCCCGCCGCCAAGUACCCCGGGGGCAUCCCCCUCCCACUGCCUCUCCCCCUCCCCGGCGACCUGCGCCUGGACAGAGACAUCAGGGACUGUGGCAACAAGUCGCCUCAAUACAGCUCAGGUAGCUUCGACUCUGUGAAGAUGGAGAUUUGUCCAGAAGACCUCACGGUGGGCCGCGGGCAGGGCGGAGAUGACGAUGACGAUGACCACGACGACCAUGAUGACAACGACAAGAUCAAUGACACUGAAGGAGUAGACCCGGAGCGGUUAAAGGCCUUUAAUAUGUUUGUGCGUCUCUUUGUGGAUGAGAACCUGGACCGCAUGGUACCCAUCUCCAAGCAGCCCAAGGAGAAGAUCCAGGCCAUCAUCGAGUCCUGCUGCCGCCAGUUUCCUGAGUUCCAGGAGCGCGCUCGCAAGCGCAUACGUACCUACCUCAAGUCCUGCCGCCGCAUGAAGAAGAACGGCAUGGAGACUCGACCAACACCACCUCACCUCACCUCUGCCAUGGCGGAGAACAUCUUGGCUGCGGCCUGCGAGAGCGAGUCACGCAACGCUGCCAAGAGGAUGCGUAUGGACGUCUAUCAGGCACAGGAGGAGCCCGUUGCUCUGGAGAAGCCGGCACCCCGUGAGUCGGCGUCGCUGGGCCACACAGCAUACUCCCUGGCCGCCACGGCCUACACCCAGGAUCAGCUGUACAUCAACGGCGGCCUCAACUACAGUUAUCGUGGAUACAACGCACUGGGCACCAGCAGCAUGCCACAGCCUGUUUCCUUGACAACUGGCGCGGCACAGAGCAACGGCCCGACUGACCUCAGCAUGAAGUCUCUGGUGUCCAGCUCCUCGUCCUGCUCCAGCUCCAACAGCCACUCAGGCCACAGUCAUGGUGGCCGUAAUGGCAGUAACAGCAUUGGGGCCGGGGGAGGCCCUGGCUCCUGCUCCUCGGCCCAGCUCAGCCCCAGCGAGAUCACAGCCGUGCGGCAGCUCAUCGCUGGCUACCGCGAGUCGGCCGCCUUCCUCAUGCGCUCGGCCGACGAGCUGGAGAACCUCAUCUUGCAGCAAAACUGAGCCACAGACACGCCCACGCCCACACACUCCCUUACACAUCUGUCUUUCUCUCUCUUUCUAGCCCUUAUUUCUGUUCUCUGUCUCUCUCUUUCAUCUCUCGCCUCACUCUCCUCCUCCCUGUCCCUUCCUCUUCCUCACUCUUUCUCUUGCUCUAUAACGCUACCACACUGCCCCCACCUCUUUUCUUGGAAUGGAUCCUAGCCCUCAGCCUCUCUCUCCCUCCCCUCUCUCUCUCUCUCUCUCUCUCUCUCUCUCUCUCUCUCUCUCUCUCUCUCUCUCUCUCUCUCUCUCUCUCUCUCUCUCCCACUCCGUUUGUGUCCCCCACAAACCGUUGCCGGGUGUUGUCUUGGUACUUUCUAGCACUACUACACCGUUUACCCAGGAAACGUCUUCAAAUUCCUCAUCUGGACUGAAGAACUAUCCAUAUCACAAAAAGAAUAACAGCCCCUAACAUGAAAGGAAUACUGCUCCUUAAAGAGUAAAGAAAAAAAAAUGGAGAGAAGCGAAAGACAGUGAAAUGUGUGGACAUCAAUCUCCCAAUACCUACCACCAAAUCGUCUCACCUGCCAAGGGGGUGAGAGGCGUGGGCUCGGAAGCAAGAUGUUGUAAACUCAACGUCAGUGAGGUUUGCGGUCCAGGACAGUUCUCCUCGCCUCCCUCUUUAAGAGACGGGCCUCAUACAAGAGGCUCCUCGCAUUACCAACUAAAACACUUUCUUUAAUGACAUAUGAGUCUAACUGGAAAAUAUAAAAUCAUUUUCUUAUUUAAUGUUUUUUUUUCUUGUUUUGUCAGUUUGAUUGUUUUGUUCUUUACAUGUAUGUGUGUGUUUGUGUGUAUGAAAGCAGAGAGAGUGUGAGAGACUUUAACAAACCUGCUGUAAAUAAAUGCUCUCAGUGUCCUAAAGCACUUUCCCCCCUACUCCUCCAGACCCCCCCACCCCUUCCUCCCAGCUCUCCCUGGGGAGGAUUGCUUAUCUUAUGCAUAAGGAGAUGCCAUUGCUACCACCCUGACCUCGUUACCCACCUUUUGAAAAGACAAAAAAAUACCUCAGAUCUGCCGGGUGUUCUGUGUUCUCAAACCUGACAGACCUCAUUGGAGUCGUUCUAACAGUUGGAAAGGGGAAGUUUAAACAGUAAGUUGUACCUGAAAAGUUUUUAAGUCCAACAGCGUUUCCAGACCAGUCCUGUGUAAAUAUUGGCGUUUUUAAUUUUGUUUCAAACGGAGGUUUCGACUACGACUGUCUGUGAAAUUCCCGUUCCUUUUCUCCUGCCACGAUAACAGACCACCCCCACACCUGCCACGCCAUCAUCUCAAAGACUAUCUGCAGGAGUUUAUUAUGGGGCAAAUUGCACUUGCCAUAGCGGGGCCUGGCAAAGCAUAUGGCGCUCCACAUGAGCGGAUGGGUCUGACUGCCCCAACUGCUCGGAUGCCAAAUCCCGCCAUCCUCUGACUGCAUGCCACACCGUGUAUCCUGGACUCUCCUCUGGGCUUCAACUCACCCCUCAUCACUUCUUUCUCCUCCACACCUUUUCUUUUCUGCCUCUUCCUCUAUUGUCCCCCUCUCCCCUUUAUUUUGCUCAGUUUGGAGGCGACGAAGGGGCAGCUGUCCCUUCUUUUACUUUCUUUCUUUCUUUUCUUCAAAAAAAGGCCAUUAAUUCAUGCUGCUGCUAUGGACUGUCACUGGACUCCAAUUUGCCACAGACCUGAAACCUCAAGAAGACCGGAUCAGACCGUCAGCCUGCUGCACAACCAGACCACCUCAAGACCAAAUCCACGAAGGGGCAAACUUUGGAAGAAGUGAACUAUUGAAACUUAACAGAUGGCCGCAGAGAAACUGACGAGAGACAUUUGAAAAAAAAAACUGUACUUCAAAAAAAAAAAAAACCGACAACAAAAAAACUGCCGUCUACAUUUUGUAAAUGUCUUUCUUUUGGUGAAAAUUCUAUUUUUCGUGGGUUGUAACGUGAGUUUGCGUUCCUCAGUUGAUUUCAUAGAGCUGCUUGCUUUGGGUCUCUUUGUUCCUGUUUCUCUGCCCCUCUCUCACAAUGAUCCUGAUGUCUGUAUCUUUAGAGAGAAUGUUGCUUGGAAGUGAGCUCAUCCCACCUACUCUUUUUUUCCUUCAGUUUCACUGUGGGGAAUCCUCGCGGGGCAUGAACCUCAGCCCUCCACAAGGGGCCUUCUCUGGUCUUUAACCCUCUAGCCUCCAGCAAACGAAAUGAAAUCUUGUUUUGUGUUUGUUUUCAAUAUCAUUUCAUCCAUCCAGUUGUCCCGUAGAUAUGUGCUUCUUUUGUUAAGUUCUCAAGGGCAGUCGGGCUUUAGAGGGGUUUGUUUUACUGUCACGUCACUGUAAUCUUUGCUCCCUUUUGCACACAGAGAAUUGCAGUAGAGAAGCCCCUGUGCCAAGCAGCUAAGGUUGAGAAGUCCGUUGGUUCUCUGUUUAUAUUUUAGGGUUGAGUGAAGGCCGGCCAGUGAAGGCGGGUGCGGGUGGGGCCUAGCAUGAGGGCAGGAGUGUGGAGACGCAGUAGAUAAUCCAAGCAUGCCUGGGCCUGGCCACUGCUAACACGCCUUCACUCUGUGCUACAAGAUGACGACUGUGAUCACACCUACCUGCUGUCACAGUGUGCAGGUUUUUGUGCUGUGUCCAAGUGUGACUGAAUGUGUGAGAGGUCAGAUGGACUCAGGCCACCCGAUGGGCUCCAUGGGUGAAGGAUCACAACCUCUCCCUUUCGUUUUUGUUUUUUUACCCCCUCUGCCUGGGUUUUUCCGUUUCCAUUAUUUCUAAAACCACAGCAACUUGAUUGGAAUGAGAGAAACUAAUGUGUUUUAUUUACAAGGGAUAAGGUUAACAGACUAAAUCUGUGGGAUUGUGAAGCGCUGUUGGUUAAAAAACAACAGAGAAAUUGAAGAAAAUAUGCAAAAAUGACCAGUUUGUGGCUAUACCUCACUGUGUUCUUUCCCUCUUGCGCUUCUUACGCUCUCUCUAUCUCUCUCGCUCUCAUUUCUUCUUUUACCUCUACCCAAUGUCAGUGUGACCACUGUGUGGGCACCCAAUCAUAUUUUUUCGCUCUUCUCUGCGCUUUUUUACUCGUUGUUUCCUUGUGGUGCCUCCCUCGCUCUUGGCCUGCCAGCAUGUCUUGCCUCUCUCCCCUGGGCCUCCAGUUAAGCUGAGCAGUGCAGGGCACCAUGGGACCAGAAGAGGAAGGCAGAAUGCCAGGCAUGGGGAACUGACAAGAAGAAGAGAUCGAUUUCUCAGACACACACACACACACACACACACACACACACACACACACACACACACACACACACACACACACACACACACACACCAUCUCAGAAAGAUGUUCACAUUCAUGCUUACAUGCAAUUGCUCAGCGUCCCCUUCUACCCCCCUAACUCCAAAGCUUGUCCUUGUAAUGUUGAAUUAUGGGACAGGGCUGAGGGGCCACCCUGCCUGCGAAGUGUCCUUCAUUCUGUUUGUCAGGUGCUUUAAGAAAGUGCCGCUGCAGUAAUGAAUGGAUCCACACACCUCCGUGCCCCACCAACACCACGUUACCCUUUACCCUCAACACACAACCCCACCCAACCUCACUUAGAAAAUGACAUUGUCAUGCGCUGCUACUACUACUACUGCUUGUGCUGAAGCUCUCUAACCUCACUUGCCACUAAGCUCUGCCACAGUUUAACAGAGAAGGAACUUUAAAAGAAAGUAAAAUCAUCCAGAGUUCUGCAUUAGUUUGAAAAAAAAGAAACAUCAAGGGACAACAGUUUAAAAAAAAAACAACAAAAAGGUUGAAAAGAGGCAAGGUUGUUAAAUGACAACGCUCUUGCUAAAUACUUUGACUUCCUUUCCCCCCGUUCGUUACCGUUCCACUCAAUAUUUGCUUUCUCACGGGACAGACAACUUCAAGAAAACAAAACUAUUCAAACCGAACAAUGAAAAAAAAUCUUAGGCAGAAGACAAUCUUGGAAAGGUGUAUCCUCACUGUUUUGAUUUCCACUCCUCUUUCUGUGUGCAGCUAUAGUAUAUAACAGUGGACUUGGGAGACCAUAGAGUAUUUUAGCCAUAAUCAAGAGCAUUCUCAGAUAUCUGACUUUUCAGGGCCUCUGGAGAGACGACUUGUUGGCCCCACUGUCGACACCUUUUUUGGAAACCUGAUUUCUAUUUUUAUUAGUGUGACGGUUAUUAUUACAGUUAUUAUUUUAUAAAUACUUUUUUUGUAUUACAAGUAUAAGUGGUCUUUUCAGAGAUAUUUUGUACAAUAUCAAAAUAUCACAAGUGACGUUAAUUCUGUAUUGCCUAUAUACAUUCCAAACCAGGAUGUCAAAUCACUCAGCAGCCUGUCCCAAACAGCGUCACAAAGCCUGCUGCAUAUCAGUGGACAAUCCCCUGCAAGCACACAGGCACACACACAGACACAGACACACACACACACACACACACACACACACACCUAAAUACAUCACAAUGCCGUGUUCUCUUGUCUUAAAUGUUCAACAAUGUUUGCAAAUUACGCAAACACAUACAUUCUGAUAAUGUACCAUCUAAUUGAGAGAGAGAGAGAGGGAAAAGAUAACAUUCCCUUCAGUUGUGUGGAAGGAGAUAUGGGACCUGAGUGUGUUUUCCAGGUGUGGAAAGUCACCAGCUCUUUAUCUUCUCUCUAAUCUGACCCCGAUCAGGGCUAUAUUCUCUCUCUUUCUCUCUCUCUCUCUCUCUCUCUCUCUCUCUCUCUCUCUCUCUCUCUCUCUCUCUCUCUCUCUCUCUCUCUCUCUCUCUCUCUCUCUCAAACACACAGACACACACAGACAUGUAUUGUAACUCAUGAAGGGACAGUCCACAGACAUUUCAGGAGGUGCAUGCAGGUGUGACGCUCGAUGAGGCUUCUGCUGGUGUGAACUCUCACUCAUAGUAGUCUGUUUGGUCAGAUGUGUAGCUCUGCAAAAAAGAAAAGAAAAAAGGUAUUAAAAACACAUACACAACAGAGAAAGAAAUGUAACUUUUUAUUUUUCUAUCAAGGGCAGCAUAUAGCCACAGUCCAGUCACAAAAUGGUUAUCCAGCCAUUGUCGUCUUUUGUCAUUUGAUGGUAUUGUGGGUUACUCUUGUUUCCUUUUUUAAAAUUUCUUUCCCUGUUUUACCCUAACUGCACCAGAUACCAACAGUCUGGCUUCAGUUUUUGGAAUUUGUAACUAAUACCAAUGUGAAAUGAACUGUAAUUCCCCCUCUUCAUUUUGGACUCAGUGAAAGUGUGAUGUUUACAUGUACAGACUUUUGAAAUUAUCUUUUGUCAGGUUUUUUUGCUUUUGAUUUAUUUAUGUUUGUAGCAUACAAACAAUUCCCUUUCCCCUGACAACACAUGUCUUUAAUUUAUUAUUACUGGCUCAUUGAAGGGAAAUGGGACUAGCGUACUGUCUGAAACUUGGUUCAUAGAUACCACAGUGAGAGAUGAGGGCUUGUGCAGGGGUGAUACUACAAAGGUGAUUAAAUUAUGAACCUGGUUAAGUCAAACCCACAGUGAGGCUAGUUGUAGACCUGUUUGUAGACAGUUCAGGGAUUUAUUCCCUCAACUAAAUGAAUUCCACCAGGCUCUACUUCCACCUGUUUUUACUACCUCUGGGUUAAAGGCCUAAGGUUUCAUGUUCCACCUUUUGUAGUUCACCCCUAAAUCAGGGUGGAGUCAGUCAGAGAGAGUCCUUGCCUUGUACACACGCUCCUGCCUCAGUUGACAUAGCCUGGGUGCUGUGGCCUUAGCCAGGCACCUAGCCUACCACUCGCCAACAACUCAAGUCUGCUACUCAAAUAAUGUAUAAGCCAUUACACGCCCUCAUAUAGGGUCUCAAGUGUUAAAUACAAAUAAUCCAUGUUGUGAAAAUGGCAGACGAACAAACCUCAGGAAAAAAAAAGAUUUUUGUGUAUAAAUGUCUAAUUGAAGGCCCAUUUCCCCUCUUUGACAGCAUUUAAAUUAUAAAACAAUUAUUAUUUUUAUUUUGUGUUAACAGUGGAUAUUCUUUUCAGUACAUGUGGCUGAAUUCUUUUAAAAAAAAAAGUGUUGCUAAAUAUAUAUGUGAAACAACAGAAAAAAGAUGAAAACUCCAUUUCAAUUUGUUUCAAUGCAAAACAGCAUGGGCGGCUCUCUUACCUAACAUAUCAAUUUAACAGAAGAAUCCAAUGAUUUCAAAUUAAGCUUUUUCAUUGUGAUGUCACGGCUUAGGUAAAAUAUUUCAUUACAUCCAAAUGUGACUUCUUUUUUUCUUCCCAAGCUGUACCUCACAAAGCUAAAUAUACUAAUAAAAACCGUGUGCUAUAUAUAUCA